AUGGAUAUGGAUAGAAAUCAAAAGGAAGCACUAAAUGGAUAUAAUCGGUCACAAAAAAGAAUCUGUUUAGUAUUUACUACUGUUGCCAUUGCCUUAAUCGUAUCAAUUGUUGCAAUACUUCUGAUCCCUGUAAUGAAGAAUGCUAUGAAUGUUACUACGUGGACAGUGACCACAGCAACGACAGAAAUAUCGUUCAUAAUAACAACGACACAAACGAAAGUGCGAGUUCAUUCUUCAUGGAAUCAAUAUGGAUAUACGGUAACUGGAGGUGAUGGAGACGGUUCGGAUUUGAACAAACUUCACAGUCCUAACGCAAUCGAUAUUGAUGAUGAUGGAAUAAUCUACGUUUGUGAUUGUAUGAAUCAUCGUAUUAUUAGGCGAAGACCAAACUCGACUAGUGAUGAACUUGUUGCUGGUGGGAAUGGUGAAGGAAAGCGAAUCGAUCAAUUGAAUGCACCACUGGAUGUUAUUGUUGACCAAAAGACAAAUUCCCUUAUCAUUUGCGAUUCAAAGAACUACCGAGUGGUAAGAUGGUCUCUUCAAAAUCAAACGGAACAACAGAUAGUUAUCGACAAGAUUGGUUGUAGAGGUCUUGCAAUCGAUCAGAAUGGAACUAUUUAUGUUAGUGAAUAUUACUACAAUUUGGCUGUAGUCAAACGAUUCGAAGAGGGUCAAUUGGCUGGAAAGAUCGUAGCUGGUGGAGAUGGAAUAGGAAAUACAUCGGGUCAAUUGGAAACCCCUACGUAUCUCUUUGUCGACCAAAACUAUUCAAUUUAUAUAUCGGAUGCGAAAAAUAAUCGUAUAGUAAAAUGGAUGAAAGGUGCGAAGGAAGGAAUCGUUGUUGGCGGGCCUAAGUUUGGAGGUAAUUCUAGACAACUGAGAUAUAGUCGUGGAUUUACUGUGGACUAUUUUGGUAAUAUUUAUAUAGUCGAUUCGUGGAAUCAUCGAGUAGUACGCUGGUCAAAAGAUUUUCAAGGAACGAUGGUAGUUGUAGGUGGCUAUGGCCCGGGCCGUAAUUUAUAUGAAUUAAAUAAACCCGAAGAUGUAAUAUUCGAUCGCCAGGGAAAUCUAUAUGUCGUCGAUAAAGACAACCAUCGAGUACAAAAAUUUGACGCAGAAGACUGA